CGCGCCGCGCCGCGCCGCUCGCCACCCGCUAUCCACAGCAGUUUCAGCCAGCCCGCCCGCCCGACUGACUGCCAGUGUCCCACCGCACGCCGAACCGUUUGCACUCAGAAGCGAUCAGGGAGCCCUUCUCUGCCUCCCUACCCUCUGCCACCCCGCUCGUACGCUCUCUCGUCGGCUCUCCAUCGGCACCCCACUUCGCCCUUCUUCGUCACCCACGGUCGCUCUCCCUCGUUUCCCUCGCUGCCGCUCCGACUCUGUCUCCCUUUUUCUCUAGCUUUACACACUCACGCACACACACACGCGCGCAAGUAGUCCUCUCUUUCCCUCUUGAAAUUUUCUCCCUCUCCGUCCGUAGCGCGCGGCGUUUCUUUGCAUCCCACUCUGUCCCGACGAAGCCUCUCCUCGCCCUCCUCUGCCAGUCGAGUUACAUUCGGCGAACGCACGAGCACCGGCUAUCGCUCUCUCUCCGUCUCCCAUCUCCGUCGGCUCGUUCUCCAUCUCGUUUUUCACCCUCUCGCGUCCCGUCCUAUCUAUCCCUCUCUCACCGACGUGUUUAGCCUCCCGCUUGGUCCCUCCUUCACGCCACUCUACGCUCCCUCCACGUUCCGCUCGCGACUCGGCCGUCCUCGUCUCGCUACCACAGCCAGCUGUCCUGCCUCUCCGUUUUCGACUCCUCUCUCGUCUGUCGGUCCCGCUUCUCCCUCUCGCUCUCGGGAGUAACGCCGGUGUGUACUCCCGCUGUCACCUGAUCGCGGGACGCUUUUCGCGGGUGAGAUACCGCUCGGCCACCGAGUCAACCCAGUCUGCCGGCGCUCGCUCUUGCUCCGAUUCUUCCUUUUCGCUGUCCUUCUCUCUCUCUCUCUCUCUUUCCCCCUCUCUGUUUUUCUCACUUAUUCUGUCCGUCUGUCCUCAUUCUGUCUCUCUCUUUCUCUCGCUUGCUCUGUCUUUUACUCCUCCUCCCUCCCCACCCCCGCGUAGCCUUCCUCUACUCUUCCACCGCCGCUCUUCCUCCUGCUGGCCGUCGCCGUCGUGGUCUUCCUUUACUCGCCUCGUUGCCGCGCGACGUCAACAUCGUCAGGCUGGUGGUUACCCGGUGGAAGACGAGAGCCGAGAAAAAAAGGAAAGCGAAGCACAGAAGAAGUGGCCACCACCGAGCGUCCGACGGCGUUCGUCCACGCGAGACCGGGUUGCGAGAACGAUCUCGCGCCUCUUCUUCCUCCUUUCACGGAUCUUCGCCGGCACAUCGGAGUCGUCCGGGGAGAGAGACAGAGAGAGAGAGAGAAAUAGAGAGGGAGGUGACACUUUCGGACAGACACGCGGCACGGAUCUCGCACACUCAGUGGACGCGCGCGGUGGACACGAAAGAAGCCCCGCGUUACGUUGCGGAUCGGUGACAGUGCCAAGAGAGAGAUCUCGUUUUUUUUCCCUCUCUUUUUCCGAUCUCCAUCCGGACUCUUUGUCCCGAAAGCGACUUCGUGAGCGGAGCGCGGAUCUCACGCCGGUCGUUGCCAGUGCAUGAGCGAUCAUGCGUGUGAUUUCGAUGUGACAGUGUGAAGACGACGAUUUUCAAGGGCGCAGCAUCACCUUGCCCGUCGUUUUAUCGCCGUUCCUGAAGGAGAGAAACGCCGAGAGGGGUUUCUUGGACGAUACUCGCGCGGACCAUCGCUGGCCGCGAGUGACUUAUUCAAUAUCGUACGAACAUCUCGCGGUGUUACGAGUGAUCGUGAAUGAUCUCUGUGGUGUGAUCUUGGUGGUGUGCCCCGAAGUGUGCUGGUCCAGUGUCGAUGUACCGGUCGCAGGAUAACGGUGAGCAGAACCCCGACACCUAAAACACGCACAACAUGGCUAGCGCGACGACGAUGGGCCUGCGUCGCAGAGCGCCGGUGAACAACUCGCCGACUCCUUCAAGCCAAUCACUGUCCACGAGCGCGUCGUCGUCGAGCAAGCGUUCGAGAAGCGAGAACAACAACAGCCCGUCCCACGGCAAUCUGAACUCGAUGAAUGGCGGCACUCGUGACGAGCCACCGACGAAGAAGUCCCGCGGGACUUCGACGAGCGGAGGGAAAGGCGGUAGCGCCUCCUGCCCCGCCUCCUCAGCAUCGUCCUCCGUCUCGACGAACACGAGUAUCUCAACCGACAGCCAGAUCUCGAAGAGUCGCGGCACUUCCGUCUCGAGAUCGGCUACUCAGACCAAAUCGUCGUCCACUUCGACGGCUACCAGCACGGCCGCCUCCUCGUCGACGAGCAAUAUAUCGAACAGCUCCGUGCUCUCGACCAGCUGGCCGACCACGUCGAACAUGUCGGACGUGCCGUCGUACGCUUCCGUUACCGGGCUGGGCUUGACGGGCGGACAAACGGCCAGCCUGUGCGCCGGAAGCCUCGGCAUGCCACCUACGCCGAUUCCACCCUACAUGUCGACCUCCAUGGCGACCUUCGUCGGCAACGCCACGAACCUCAGCAAGAGCUCGUCCGUUUCGUACCUCGACAUCUCCAACAUGACCGGUGGUUCGUUGACCGCUUCCGGCGCCGCAAGCUCGUUAAACGGCGGAUACACGGCGAGCGGUACCGCCACGGUGGACGCGAAGAGCGGAAUGGCAAUGUCGUAUUCGGGAAUGUCAUCACCGAAUGUGAACGGCGGCCCGUACGGCGUGCAAAAGGCGCAAGGCCCGAAAGGGGUUGACGGGACCGCCGCUUCGCCGAGGAAAUUUCAAAACGACGCCAUGUUCAACGCUUAUCAGCCGUGGGUGAUCAAGACGUACGGCGAUCUCGCCAAGACCAAGACGAUCACCAUCAAGAAGUACGCCCGUAUCUUGAGGACUUUACGGGGCGAGGAAGUGAACAGCGCCGAGAACAGCAAGUUCCGCUUCUGGGUCAAGAGCAAAGGUUUUCACAUUGGCCAGCCGGAAGGCUACGACGCGAAAGCGGCCGACAGGAUUAUCGGGCGUCACGCUGUCACGAGUCCGGGUCUGGAUCCGCCGCUCUACGUGCCCACGCAGCUGCCGCACAACAAGGCGUUAAAUGGUGCGGAAGGUACGGUCCCACCAGGAAGAGUGUACAAGAAAGUCGCAAUCGUGGAGAAUUUCUUUGACAUCAUCCACGCCGUUCACGUUGAUCUCGAAGGACGUCCUGGGAAGCAUGCCGGUCAGAAGCGCACCUACAGAACGAUUACAGAGACAUACGCAUUCCUACCCCGAGAAGCGGUAACGCGAUUUCUACUGGGUUGCACGGAAUGCCAACGGCGUCCGCGGACGCCUAGUCCGACGAACUUAUCUAAUCAGUCGCAGUCCGUACAGUCAGCGACACUGGGGUCGACGACAACUUCGCUGAGUCCGAAUCCUGGUAGCGCUGCUCUCGCGACCUCCUCGUCGUCGACGACGACGUCUUCGUCGGUGCAAAGUGGCUCUAAGCGCAAUGGCGGCCAACACGCGUCGUCGGAGGGUAAGAACUUGCACAACUACAGGCACCAAAAGCAGCACAAGACCGGCGGUGGUAGUAGCGCCGCCGCGGACUCGAAACUCGACAAAGACAAAGACGAGAAGUACAAUCCGCUGAGUAUCACGAACCUAUUGAAGAAGGAGCCGGUGAAUGGUGGUUAUCUCGCGAGUUCGGACACUUUGCCGGAAUCGAGGAGAACGCCAGAGUCGGACCGGGCGAGCUCGAAGAGCUCGGCGUCGUCAAAGAAAAAACGGAUGCUGCCGGAAGGACGGACACCCUCGCCGCAACCCGGCCAGCCGUUGCCGAGGCCCUGGAGCCCCGGACUAGAUCCCAAGAACACGCCCAUCGAUUACAGCUUACCUAUCACCACCUCGUACCUGAAGCAUCAGCAGAGACUGCUCCAGGAGAAGAACAAGGUGGCCGCCGCCCUCGCGCAAAGGGAAUCCGAAAUAACGGAAUCGAAAACCGCUUCACCCGUCGCGACGCCGCUCAUCGAGGAGACCGAGAGCGCCGAGAAGGAGAGGUUCUCACCGGCUACCGGCUUGAUCGACACGAACCUUAAUCUACUGGCAACCAUCCAACAUCUGCAUUGUCAAGUGAUGCUGGCGCUCACUGAGCGACUGAGACCGUCGUUCACGCCGAGCUCUUUAGUUCUACCAUCGACGUCGCCCAAUGUUCUCACGGGCACGAUGAUGAUGGGCACGGAAGUAUCGGUCCAGACAGGAGAGAAUCAUUCGUGAAUUAAUCAGUAUGAGGAAAAGAUGGGUAGACUGAUUUUCCUCGGAGGUGCGUAAAAAGCAAUGAUUAUCAAGAAGCGAAAAAAAAAAA